CUUCUCAACCAUACCUACUGACCAUAAAAAAAAUUCAAAAAAAUAAAUAAAAAUCCUUAGCUCUUCCCCCAAAUCCAAUUUCUAACCCUAAUUCCCAAAUUUUAUUCCCCCAAAUCUUGAUUUCAUAUCCUCAGUUCUUGAAUUACAUACUUCACUACCACACACCCCUCUAAUAAUCACAACCCAAAUUCUCAAAUCUUGUUUUCAGCCCUCCAUUUGUAGCUAAUUACACCCACCCACAAACAUAUAGAUACAAGUAGUUCAAGAAUUGUGUGAUUAUGAUAAAGGUGGAAGCUAUGAGGCUGGGAUUUAAUUACUGAGGCAUUAUAUUGGUAUAAACUGUUCAAGAAUUGUGUGAUUUUGAUAUAGGCGGGAGCUUUGAGCUGGGACUUUAGUGUUAAGGCGUUGUGUUGAUAAUUUAGAUUGGUUUAGUUGAUUAUAUGGUGUUUUCUUUAAGUGAAUAGAGCUGAAAUUUGCUUCAAGAAAAUGUCAGCAGAGAGAUCAUUUGAGGCCUGGGAGGAAGUUCAACGCCAUGGAUUGGAUCUUGCGGACCGGCUUACGCAAGGAUUUACGGGUUUGAUUCAAUCUCAUAUUAGUCCUCCAUCGUUUUCUUGGCCUAAUCCUCAACCCCCAAAACUGUUUGAUGUUGAAUUCCCUAGUUAUAAUUUUGUGGACAAGGAUUUCCGGUUUGCAAGUGAUUAUCAAUCUGGGAUCAAUGGGGUUUUAGCUGUGUUUGAUAUUGGGAAUAAGUUAGGCCAAGCUGGGGCUGAUUUCGGGGCCUCAUUGAAUGGUGUGGUUCAGCAGAUUUUUCGGUUCUUGCCAUUUCCAUUCAAGCGGAAUGAUGAUGAUGUUGCUUUGGGUAAGUUGCGUGCGGAUGUCACUAGUCGGAGACAGGAUAUGGGUGUUAAGAUGCAAGUUCAGGAUGAUUUAGGGACCUUGGCUAAGCAAUUUCGAGAUCUUGGGUUUGUUGAAAUUGAUGGAAAUUCUGAUGAGUCUGUGGAUGAGAAUGGGGAUAGAUAUGUUAUAAAGUCUAGAAGAUUUGGAAUUCCAACCGAGGGAACCAUAAGUGUUACAUCAACAUAUGACAGUAGAAAAGAAGACCUGGAAAGUUCUUUGACUGCGAGAGGAGAUCUGUGGAGGGUAGAAGCAUCACAAGGCAAUUCCAGUUCAGGAAAUGGAGAUUCCUCUCUUUUCCUUCUUCAGCUUGGACCAGUGCUUUUUGUUCGUGAUUCUACUCUUCUUUUGCCACUUCAUUUGUCGAAACAACAUAUGCUGUGGUAUGGAUAUGAUAGCAAGAAUGGAGUGCAUUCUAUAUGUCCAGCUGUGUGGUCGAAGCAGCGGAGGUGGCUGGUGAUGUCUAUGAUUUGUCUCAAUCCAUUAGCCUGUUCAUUCAUGGAUUUUCAGUUUCCGAACGGUCAGUUCACAUAUGUAUCCGGUGAAGGCAUAUCCACCAGUGCAUAUCUACCUUUAUGUGGGGGUCUGCUUCAAGCUCAGGGUCGAUAUCCAGGAGACAUGACAUUCAGUUACUCGCGCAAGAAUAAAUGGGGGACAUGCAUGACACCAACAGUGCAGUGGCCUGACAAGUCGUUUACUUUGAAUCUUGCACAAGCCCUGGCUUGGAAGAGAUCCGGUCUUAUUGUGAGGCCAACAGUUCAAUUCAGUUUAUCCCCGACAAUUGGUGGAAGCAAUCCUGGGCUGCGGGCAGAACUAAUACAUUCUUUUAAGGAGGAAGUGAAUGUUAUCUGCGGUUGCGCUUUAGUGACACAUCCUUCUGCAUUCGCAUCAAUUUCUGUUGGCAGGUCGAAGUGGAAUGGGAAUGUAGGGACAUCAGGCAUAGUUUUGAGAACUGAAGUUCCUCUUGGCAGUGUUGGUCAACCUUCAUUCUCGAUUCAAUUAAAUAGUGGACUAGAAUUUUAAUAAGUUUGACAUGUUUACUGUAAACCUUAGCAUAUUGUAUAUACAACUCCUCUUAGUGGCAAUGGUUCGUGUAAAUAUCAAUAGACCAGAAAAUAUGUAUCAUCCCUCUUCGAGUGCUCCAGUUUCUUGGUGAACCUACUGCGAAACGUGUUCCAUUUUUGUAAAUUAAAGGAACCUUACUUUCUAAACAA